ACGCCACUGUUACAAAUGGCUACUGGUUGUAUCAUCGGUCUCCUGAUUUUCUCUCUCUCAAGGGAAGGCAGAGGGAGUCUGAUGGAAGCUUUGGGGCCGAAGCUAAAGCAAGCAUCGCUGUCCUGGCUCGAGGGUUUCAGAGACGCUUGUUGUCUCCACAGGGCCGUUAUCUACUGCCUCAGGUCGAGACAGCUCGCGAUCCGAACAGGGCAGUGUUUUCUAUUGAACGGUUUGAUUUUCUUAGGAAGUAUCCUUAUUUUAAACUCAGUCAUCAUUCCAACGCUACAAUGGAUAUUACCUGAGCAGUGCAUGCAGACGAGUUAUGGAGGACAAUGCUCAUUUGGAAGUGUUUUGAAAUUUUAUUCCUUCUUACGAUCUGGACUCCUACAGCUCUUCUAUGUUUCGUGGUUCUACCCUUUGUAUAUAUUCAGCUUUAUUCUAAGCAAUCUGUGGUAUAAUGACAUUGCUAAGUAUGGUUUUCUUGCAAUUGGAAAAUCCGGGCCUACUGCUGCAGAGGUUCAAAGCGCACAGGAGCAAUCUAGCUCACUGGAUGCACCUCAGAUAAAUAAAAGUACUGACCUUGGGGGGGUCAUGAUUGGAAUAGCAGAACAAGUCUAUUCAGUUGUCCUGUUGAGCAUCUUCUUCCUACAGGUAUAUGUUACAGGAUUUGUACCAUACAUUGGGAAGUCACUGAAUUUUCUACUUCUUUCAUGGAUGUAUGCCUACUACUGCUUUGAGUACAAAUGGAAUUUCACUGGACUGCGUUUGGACAAAAGGCUUGACUUCUUUGAAUCUAACUGGGCAUUUUUUGCUGGUUUUGGUAAUCCCUGUGUUUUGCCUAUGUUCUUUUUCUCUCCUCUUGUCAGCUAUGGGGUCAUGGCUAUACUCUUUCCACUGUUUGUUCUGACAGCAGCCGGCUCAGAUGCUGACAAACUCAUUACUUCACAAAGAAGAAAGUGGAAGGGUGAUGGUUUGGGAAGGCUUCCAAUAUUUUCUAUUGCAGAUUAUUUGUCGAUGAAGGUCUUAUCUUUCCUUCGACGCGGGGCACAAAUGCAAGACAGUAAGGAACUCUGAUAAGAAGUUUGACUUAAUGCGGGACUCUGCCCAUCAUAUAUAUAUUGAUAUCAGAUAUAUGUUCGUGAAAGCCAUAGUUUGAGACUUUCUGCUGAUGUUUUACAAGUGCAGCCAGCUCAAGGAGAGGUAACAGCAGCAGGAGCAGCAGCUUGGGGGGUAAGUAACCAUUCAGACAUUGAUGCAUACAUAGUGAAACAGUGGAGAAAGCCCUUCUUGCUCAAGUUACAUAGAUUGGUUCGUUGGCUUCGGUUGGAUGUGGGAUUUGACAUGUUUAUGCAUUUGAUAGAGAGGAUAUAAUAUGUUAAUUGAAUCCAUAUUUGUGCCAAUAUAGCAGAAUGUUUGGCCCUUGGUAUUUA